AUGUGGCGGCUUCAGCUUUUCCUUUUGCUCUCCACCUGCUUCCUCAUACCGCAUGAGGCAAAGCCAACAACGCGUUCUCCCUCGCCCUCCCUCUCGACCACGCCCACGGUGGCAUCAGCGAUCUUCAAGCGCACCAACAACAUUGGACGUCUGGCAGCCAAGGAUCUGGCUGAUCUUCUACUAGCUAGCAUGCAAGCCCGAGGCGCCAAACUGUCGACACAUCAGGAAGCCACAGUUAAGACUUUGCAGGACAUGGAACCAUUGGAAAGACAAACUGGAGCCGUAUUUUUGCAGUUGGGCAUGGAUCUGAUUAUCGAUGUGUUGAUUGGCAGCAACACCGAUGCCAGCUGUGAUCGUGUCAUCAAGGACAUUAAAAACACCAAGGAUAACAAUAGUCUAACAAUCAGUUUGAAGUCAUUUAUCGCCCUCUGCAAGUUCAACAACAUCGAGUGCUCGCAGAAACAAGUUGUGCAGAUCAUCAAGUCUACCGCUGCCUUUAAGCAAUCGGAUGUUGCCGUUGAGGGUGCUCGCAGCACUCGCACUGCUCUGCAGCAGAGUGCCAAAUCCUUCUAUGUGAAGGGUGAUCGCGACAGCAUGAUUGAGUUCUUGCAGGCGAGAAGCCUGAAGGAGCUCGUUGCCAUCUGCAGUUCGUUGUUGCAAGUGUGCGGCGCGUCUGGUCUCGAGGCGCAGAACAUUGUGCAGAAUCUAGUUGAAAUGGGUCCCAAGGCAAACUCACAGAGUGCUGGCGUCAGUUUGUUGCAGGUUAACGGGUUUAGCACGCUGAUUGUCUCGCUGAUGGACAGUCUGACAACCAUAGCGAAUGGCCAAAAGAGUGGUUUUUGUGCCGCAACCGCCGAGAGCUGGAUAGUGCGUCUACUCGAUAUGGGUGUGGCAAAGGUUGUGAUUAUGGGUCUAUUGACAGCGCUUGAUCGCUCGACUCCUGUUUCGCCCAACUCGCUGAUUCAACAAGGCAAAUCGGCUGCUAAUUUGGUGGACGCAGAUGUGCCACUCAAUAAGGGCGCAGUAACCUCCAAGCGUUCAAGUGGCUCACUGCCUUUGAUUGGCAAUGUGCUUGGCAACAAUAUUGGAACCGGACCUGGUAAUAUUAUUAGCGGACAAAGUAACGUUGUUAACCAACUCGUUGCUGCUCAAGUUCCUGCUGCAGUUAACGCCGUAGCUCUGAACAAUAUUGCUGGCACAGCGACAGGUGCUACAGGUGGUGUUACUGGUGGACUUCUUAGUUCUGGACCUCUAUCUAGCCUCUCUGGCCUUACCGGCUCACCGGUCAGCCAAGCGGGCAAUUUGAUUGGCAAUAAUAUCAUAACGGCUCCGAAAAAUAUAAUCAGUGGACAAAAUAAUCAAGUUACCACGCUUAUCGAUGCCGCUGUUCCCGUUGCUGCCCAAGUUGCGGCCUUGAACUCUAUCACAGGAACUACUAACGGCGGUGGAUCUAGCGGUGGUCUUCUUGGUUUCAGCCCUUUGUCUGCUCUCUCCGGCACACCGCUCGGUUCAGCCGGCAAUUUACUAGGCAAUAACGUCAGGACGGGACCAAAAAAUGUGAUCAACGGCAGUAAUAAUAAUGUCUUCAGUCUUGUCGAUGCUGAUGUUCCUGUAGCCGCAAAUGUUUUGGCUCUUAACUCGAUCACUGGCUUGGUUGGAGGUGGUUCAAACAGCGGUUCAAGCGGUGGUUCAAGUACAGGUUCAGGCAGUGGUUCAAGCAGCGGUUCAAGCAGCGGUUCAAGUGGAAGCACUAGCGGCGGUUCAAGCAUUGGCAAUGCCAUUGGCAAUAAUGUUCAAACGAACCCCAGAAAUGUGAUCAAGGGAAGCAACAAUAAUGUAUUCAGUCUUGUCGAUGCUAAUGUUCCGGUGGCUGCAAAUGUCUUGGCACUAAACUCGAUUACUGGCUUGGUUGGAGGUGGUUCAAGAAGUGGUUCAAGCACAGGUUCAAGCACUGGUUCAACUUCUGGUUCAAGCGGAAGUUCUAGCGGAGGCUCUGGCGUUGGCUCUCUUGUUGGCAAUGCCAUUGGCAAUAAUAUUCUAACGGGUUCUAAAAAUGUGAUCAAGGGAAGUAAUAAUAAUGUCUUCAGUCUUGUCGAUGCUGAUGUUCCUGUAGCUGCAAAUGUCUUGGCCCUUAACAAGAUUACUGGUUUAGUUGGAGGUGGUUCAAGCUCUGGUUCAAGCAGUGGUUCAAGCUCUGGUUCCAGCAGCGGUUCAAGUGGAAGCUCUAGCGGCGGUUCAAGCAUUGGAAAUGCUAUUGGCAACAAUGUUCAAACGGACCCUAAAAAUGUGAUCAAGGGUAGCAACAAUAAUGUGUUCAGUCUUGUCGAUGCUAAUGUUCCUGUAGCUGCAAAUGUCCUGGCACUCAACUCUAUUACUGGUUUGGUUGGUGGUGGUUCAAGAAGUGGGUCAAGCUCUGGUUCAAGCGGUGGUUCAGGAAGUGGUUCAAGUGGUGGUUCAAGCACCGGUUCUAGCGGAAGUUCUGGCGUUGGUUCACUUGUUGGCAAUGCCAUUGGCAAUAAUAUUCUAACGGGCUCUAAGAACGUGAUCAAGGGAAGUAACAAUAAUGUGUUUGGUCUUAUCGAUGCUAAUGUUCCUGUGGCUGCAAAUGUCCUGGCACUCAACUCCAUUACUGGCUUGGUUGGAGGUGGUUCAAGCAGUGGUUCAAGUGGCGGUUCAAACAGCGGAUCAAGCAGCGGUUCUAGCAGCGGUUCUAGCAGCGGUUCAAGCAGCGGUUCAAGCGGAAACUCUAGAGGUGGUUCAAGCAUUGGAAAUGCUAUUGGCAACAAUGUUCAAACGGAUCCUAAAAAUGUGAUCAAGGGCAAUAACAAUAAUGUGUUCAGUCUUGUCGAUGCUAAUGUUCCUGUAGCUGCUAACGUCUUGGCACUUAACUCGAUUACUGGAGGCUUGCUUGGAGGUGGUUCAAGCUCUGGUUCAAGCUCUGGUUUAAGCUCUGGUUCAAGCUCUGGUUCAAGUACUGGUUCAAGUGGCGGUUCGAGCGGAGGUUCACUUAUUGGCAACGCUAUUGGCAAUAAUAUUUUAACUGGCUCUAAAAAUGUCAUCAAGGGCAAUAACAAUAAUGUGUUUGGUCUUGUUGAUGCUAAUGUUCCUGUAGCUGCAGAUGUCCUGGCACUUAACUCCAUUACUGGCUUGGUUGGAGGUGGUUCAAGCUCUGGUUCAAGCUCUGGUUCAAGCAGCGGUUCUAGCAGCGGUUCAAGCAACGGUUCAAGCGGAAACUCUAGAGGUGGUUCAAGCAUUGGAAAUGCUAUUGGCAACAAUGUUCAAACGGAUCCUAAAAAUGUGAUCAAGGGCAAUAACAAUAAUGUGUUUAGUCUUGUCGAUGCUAAUGUUCCUGUAGCUGCAAAUGUCCUGGCACUUAACUCCAUUACUGGCUUGGUUGGAGGUGGUUCAAGCAGUGGUUCAAGCGGAAGCUCUGGCGUUGGUUCACUUAUUGGUACUCCCAUUUCGAUCGUUGGCAAUGUUCUGAAUAAUAUUGUGGGCGGUGCCCAGCCAAAGGAUGUGGUUCAAGUUGUUGAUCAACAAGGAAAUCUAUUGAUGAACAUUGCACACAAAUCUGACUCUUCCGGCGAUAGUGUUGGCAACGAUAUUUCCAACAACUUGACGACGCGUCCCAAGCAAAUUGUGUUGGGUGACAACAGCAAAAUUGUCAAGGUGGUCAACUUGGAUGCCAAUGUUUUGGCUAAUUUGGAUCUGGCAAAUGCAAUUCGUGGCAGCAGCGGAGCUUGCAUUGGCAAUAAUAUCAAUAGUGGACCCAAUACUGUGAUUGAAGGCAGCGGCAAUGAUGUUGUUACUUUGGUUAAUCUUGAUCUGAGUGCACUGGUUAAUCUGAAUUUGUUGAACGAUAUCAUUGGCACCGUGGGCAACGAUUGCAUAUCGCAGACUACACCACAGCCACCCACCGAGGAGCCUCCUACCGCUCAGCCUCCUACUGUAGAGCCACCGACUCCUCAGCCUCCUACACCUCAACCACCAACGCCAGAGCCUCCAACUCCAUCCACUCCAUAUCCUCCCACUCCUCAACCUCCUACUCCACAGCCUCCUACUCCUCAGCCUCCCACUCCUCAGCCUCCCACUCCACAGCCUCCUACUCCUCAGCCUCCCACUCCACAGCCUCCUACUCCUCAGCCUCCUACUCCUCAGCCUCCUACUCCCAGCCCACCGACUCCUAAUCCCAGCAACUGCUAUCGUCGCUACUGUCGCAAGUGGCGCACUCGUCCCAGUUAUCUGUGCUACAAGAACUGCGGCGGCUCCUACGUCUACAGGCCCUAAGCAGGCAUUCGAUAGAAAACGAGUACGAGAGAGAGAUAGCAAGAGGAAAGAUGAUACGACUCUACUCUAAACUUUGGAAUCUCCCCUCGUGUGGAGCUCUUCAUUCACCUGUUAUG